AUUUCAAGAUUCAUUAAUGAAAAAAUUACCACAAGCAACAGUCGAGGAUCAAACAAAAAAGAAACUAGAACAAGAACAGAAAAAUAUUGAAAUUAAUGAUAAAACUGAAAAAAUUGUUAAGAAAAAUACACCUUCACUUAAAAUUGACGCCAAUUUGGAAGAAUUUCGAGUGAUACUUGCAUCCAAAAGAGCAAAAUUAUUUGAUAUUCAAGUUCAAGGUAUCAAAGCUAACAUUUCUCAAGCACCAGAAAAAACAUUAAUCAAUUUGAUUCUAUCGGAUUUACGUGUUCUUGAUCCAUACAAAAAAGCACGAUAUCAACAAAUUAUUUCUCAACAAGGUGAUGACAAAGAAUUACUUCGUGUUGAUUUAUCCUUAUUUAAUUAUCCGGAAGAAUAUAUAAAAGGUGUCGAUGUUUACGACUGUGACGUUCAAGUUCAAUUUGCAAAAGCUACGAUUGUCUUUCUAUUUAAACACAUCGAUGCCAUACUAGGUUUUCUCAACUCAUUAAAUCUAACUAAAGCAGCACUUAGUCUAGCAUCAACACAAGCUAGUGCUGCUUAUGAACAAGUACAAAAAUUACAAGAACAAGCAUUUAAAGUUCAUCUUGAUGUUACAUUCAAUGCUCCGAAUAUAAUCAUUCCAAUAAAUUCCUAUUCAGAUCAAGCACUUUUUCUUGAUUUAGGUAAAUUAACAUUAAAAACUAAUUUUUAUGAUGAUCCAGAAAAAUUUCUUGUUGAACAACAAACUGUUCAAUUGGAAAAUAUUCUUGCUAGUCGUAUUAAAUUUGAUCAGGAUUGUAAUAUAAUUGGUGAAGUAAUUCUCAUUGAAUGUGCCGAAUUAAAUACAUCUAUAAAUCGUUUACUCUAUCCAGAUAAAGUUAAAACGGAACCAGCAAUUUCAAUUAAAAUCGAUUGGGAAUCAGUUAAUUUUCAAUUAGCCAACGAUGAUUAUACAUCUGUUAUGAAAGUUUUAAUGGAAAAUUUCUCGGAAAAUAUUCGUGAUCAAAUACCCGAAAGUUUUCAAAGUGAUCAAUUUUAUUAUAAAGAAGCUGAACAAGAAAAACAAGAAGAUCAAUUGAUAGAUGAUUUUAUCAAGAAACAAAAAGAAUUACACACUGAUGAAGUUUUACAAACAUUAAAGAUGAAAGCCGAAAUUAAGAAAAUGACAUUGACACUUUAUCUUGGUGAAUCAGAUUUGACUGUUCGUCGUGCACCACGUGAUGAUAAAUUAAAAUUAGCCAACGUUCAAAUAGACACACUGGAAGCAGUAUUUCGUCAACAAUCUGAUGGAGGUUAUAAAGCAACAGGACGUGUAAAAAACUUCUUACUAGAUGAUUUACGUGUAAUGAAUAAGCCAACAAGUGUAACACGUUUGAUGGAUAGACAUUUUACAGUUGAUCCUAAUACUCAUAUGUUUUCUGCAUCGUUUGAAUUCAAACCAAAAAAUCAAACGUGUGAAACAGAACUUCGAAAAAUAACUGCACAACUUGAAAGUCUAUAUAUUUGCGUAAAUUUGAAUUAUUUAAUGACGUUACAAGACUUUUUUAUUUCUGGUUUACCAUCGGGUAAUGCUGAAACUCAACAAGCCAUAACAAAAGUUGACCAAUCUGAAAACGAUCAGAAUCAAAUGAAAACAACAGUAGUCUCUGCAAAAUCAUCACAAUCUACAACAACUCAGACUUCAAAUGUAAAUGUAGAAACUCGACUUGAAAUUUCUGUGAAAAAUCCUGAAAUUAUUUUACUUGAAGAUUAUCAUAAUUCAAAUUCGAAUUGUCUCGUACUUGCUUUGGCAUUACAAAUGCGUAUGAUACAGAUUGAUAAUGAGAUAAAAUUAUAUGGCUGGUUAAAAGAUUUAACAAUUUAUAGUUCAAAUUUUGCGGAAUUAAAGGAUACGAAGAAUUCGAGUUCGAAAAUCAAAUAUCGCAUUUUACAACCAGCUAAAGCUGAUAUAUUUCUUUCAAUGAAUAAUGAACAACAAAAAAUUGAUGUACGAAUAUCAGAUAUUAUUAUUAGUAUUGCACUAGCUGCUAUUCGAACAAUGAUUAGUGUGACAAAUUCAUUAGGAAUGCGACAGUCUACUAUGCAAGAGGAAACAGAAAAAUUAAGUUCGAAAGGUUUAUUUACUUCAAAAUCAUUCAAAGAAGGUGAUUUCUGGUUUACAAAAGGUAUUAUGAAAUAUUUUGCAUCAA